AUGCCCAAAGGGAGACGCUUCAACCCUCCGCCAGACAAGGACGGAAGAUGGUUCCCUCACAUUGGACUAACGCAGACAACACCAGAGUCCAUCACUAGUGCUACUUUGAAAGAGCCUCAUUAUCCACACUCAUCUGGACGAGUGGAGGGGAAGCUGCCACCCAUAUACAAACGGGAGAAGCAAGCAGCGAAGGACAACUUCCCCUUCUCUGUGCAUGACAAUCGUCACAGUCUUGAGAACUCUGGAUACUACUUUGACUCUGGCUUCGGACGUAAGAAGAUUCCCCCAGAUAAAAGUCAACAUGUUUCUAGAAAUUUCAAUCUCUGGGCAAGUGACUAUGUUCCAUCUUGUCUCGAUGGCUUUUCAAAUAACCAAAUAUCCUAUGUCUAUAAGGAGGCCAUGAUGGUCCCAAACUUCAGACGCUUUCCAAGACGAUAUAACGAGCUGUGGAGCUGUUUCACGUUCGUUCCCUAG